AUGUCUUUCCAGCGCAUAAUUCUGGAUUCUGAUGAUGAGGAAGAUGCGGGCUCAGACAUUGCGACGUCUAUUGAUCCCUUGCAGGACCCGUCCUCGCAGGAGGAUGCGCCAGAGGACAAAGGCCACGAUGUGAACGUUAGUUGUUCUUCUGGUGGAAGAGAACUCUUCCAGGCUCCUGAUCCCAAUUCUGAACUACCCCAGGUUGACUUUGAUCGCUUCCUACAGUCUGAAUCCUCGGUUAUCGGGGACCAGGGGCCCUCUUCAUCCCAACAGAGAAGAGAGGAGAGGUGGAUACCAUCCGAGAAUGGAAGCGCCUCAGUCGCUGCACUAGUGAGCCAGCAUCGUCGUAGCCAGAGAGAAGAACCUGGCAGUCUUUAUUCAACAGACAUGCAGUACACUCCUGUGGCUGCGACUCCAGAGACAACGGGCUUUGAACUUCCGCCGACUAAGAAAUUGAAAUGCCAUGAUACGACGAUCGACACCGACGUCAUGGCACAGGAUGACACUACAACGUCAUAUGCAAUGCAAGAUAGCGCUGCAAAAACUUGCGACAGUUCGGAAGCAGCUACUUCUUAUAAUUACUUUGCAUCUUUCCCACCAAAAGAAAAUACUACUCAGACCAGUCAUCCAGCAGACGAGGGAACGGAGACCUUGCGUCUUACACCCGGUCGGUCCAAGUCUUUGCAGCCCUUUUAUGAUUCGCCUCCUCCUACGGAACCUUUCUCUUCACUUGCUUCAUCCCAUCAGAAGCGAUCGAAGAGUGAUCUGCCGGAUAGGAAUUCGUCACAAAAAUCCUCAUCAGCUGUUCAAGAUGAGCAUCAUUCUUCAACGGAGGCGGAAAUAACUAUAACCAAAAGGAAACGAGGUCGUCCGAAGAAGCAGGCUGUUAAUGAGGGAACUGAAGCGCAUCUAAAGGAGAUCCCUGACAGUGCUGCUAAUUCAGACGGACAACCCACUAAGCGCCGACCGGGCCGGCCAAGAAAGGUGGACGUACCCAACAAAGGUAACGAUGCAGAUCCAGGUGAUGCAGAGGGGUGCUCAGCAAAUGAGACUACCACUGCCAGUGCAAACCAAGGCAAUUGUCAUCAAGAUUUGAUAAGUGAGAACAACGUCUUGAAUCAUGACGGAGAAGGCAGCAACCAGCUUGGUUCAAACGAGCGUUCCGACGUCCCGCCUCGUUCUAGUCCUGAUGACCUGGACCCAGGCCUCCCAGCGGAAAUGUAUAAACCUCGACCAAGCCGCUCUCGAGCAACACCUUUAGAGGAUUAUUCCGUAUUAAAUACGACAGAAGAGCCAGAAAAGGUCAAGAAAAAGAAGAUAAAACGGGGCAAAACGACGUCCGCUGUGCUGAGCAAAUCUUACGAAUCGGACGUCGAAGCUGACGUGCUGUGGAUUGAGGACCGGCCAGUCAAUAAAACGAGCAAAGAGGAGGGCUUAGAGUCUAAUCCUAUCGAGCUAGACGGACACGCAGCUGAAAAGGAUGCAGGAGAGAAUGCGACUGCCACCAGAGAAGAGCAGAAUGCCAGGCCGGGCGAUUCAGCAAGUUUGCCGUCAACCGAGGCAUCCGGCCCUGAGCCUAAAAAGCGUGGACGCAAGAGAAAGAAGACGAACCAAGAGCCUAUCACGACGGAGUUACCCAGCGGGGUAGAACCAGCGCAGGAAGCCAACGAACAGAACGUCAAGCAUGCCCCGAAGAACGUGCUGCAAGACAUUUCAAACCUCCCCAGUCCGAUAAAGAACGAGGAUAAGAAACCAAAACUGAACCAUCGCAUUGAGAGUCCCGAAGUCGUCAUUGUCGGUGACAGACAAGAAGACGGUCACGGCGGCGAUGAUAACACCAACACCAAUACCACCAACAAUAACAACACGAUACAAUCAUCACCCCACAAAUCCAGCACAGCUACUUCACCGGACCCUCUCCUCGAGACCCCAAAGAAGAUGACAACGACGAAGCAGCUGAACAAUGACGAAGCAUCACCGGAGAAGACGCCGAGUAACGCUCCGGGAUCUGCUGCCGCCACCACCAAAGGACCAGACAAGCAUAGCCCAAUCGCCAGAACGAGCAAGGUCCCUUUCCGAGUGGGUCUGAGUCGCAAAGCGCGAAUCGCGCCUCUUCUCAAAGUGGUGAGGAAGUAA